AUGGCGGGCGGCGGCGGCGGGGGCACGGCCCUGCCGGCCGUGGCCCUGGCCCUGGCCGUGGCCGUGGCCGUGGCCGUGGCCGUGGCCGUGGCGGCCGUGGGGCCCAGCGGGCCCGCGCGCCCAGCGGCCGCCGCCGCCGCCCCCGGGGAGCGCGAGCGCGAGCGCGGCCCGGUCCGGCCCGUGACCGCCUCCAACUGGACCCUGCUGCUCCGCGGACAGUGGAUGCUCAAAUUCUAUGCCCCUUGGUGUCCAACUUGCCAGCAGACGGAAUUGGAGUGGGAAACCUUCGCAAGGAAUGGUGACAUUCUUGAUAUCAGUGUGGGGAAAGUGGAUGUCACUCAAGAGCCAGGUUUAAGUGGCCGUUUCUUUGUCACCACUCUUCCAACCAUUUUCCAUGCAAAGGAUGGAAUAUUUCGCCGAUAUCGUGGGCCAGCAAUCUCUAAAGAUCUUCAGAAUUACAUCUUGGAAAAAAAAUGGGAAGCUGUUGAGCCCGUGGCAGGAUGGAAAUCUCCUUCUUCUAUAGCGAUGUCUGGAAUGGCUGGCCUUUUUAGCCUGUCUGGCUGGAUAAGGCAACUUCAUAGCUAUUUCACGGGUCCUCUUGGUAUUCCUGUUUGGGGUUCUUAUGUCAUCUUCAUUGUAGCUACUUUGGUGAUUGGGCUUCUCCUGGGUUUGAUUCUGGUUUUGCUCUCAGACUGCUUUUGUCCACCUAAGCCAAGAGCAGAAAGAUCUGAGGUGAAUGAAAAGGAAAAUGAGGCUCUUAUAGUGGAAGAUCUGGGAGAGAUUUCAGAGGAAAAGAAAAAUGCAUUGGAAGAAGAGGAGAAGGAGGAGGACCAAUUGGGUGGAGAAGAGGAGAAGGAAGAUCUUUCAGACCGAGAAGAGGAGAGGAGCCAUUCUAACGAAGAGUCUUCUGAGGAGGACUCUGUAGUUGAUGAGGAAUCUGAGACAGAAGAGGCUGGAGGAAACAGCCACAAGCACCACCCCGCCGAGCCUGAGGUUGAAGGUGUGCGACAGCGACAGCGAAAGAGUCGGGGAGCAGAAGUGGACUCUAGCUCGUAAAACCUAUCUCCCAUCAGCCCGGACCAAAGAAAUGCGUUAGCUGCCUACUUGCCUGCAGUAGAAACAAAGCCCUUACUAUGCCCUGCAUGAGCCAGCUUUCCUUUAAAAAGUUGCUAUUUGAUCAAAAACUUCUCUAGUCUUAUAGGCACUGAGAGUGGGAAUCUCUUUGACAUGACAGUCAGAAUUCGAAAUAUAAUAUUCUGCUCUGAGAUUUGGAGUGGAGAAAGCGGUCAUCUCUCUGAGUCUUUGAAAAACUGCUCUAAGCCACAGGUGUAACAGGCUGGGUACUAGAGAACUGUAUCAGAAAUCUUGCUUCAUCUUGUUUUUGAUUCUUUGACUCUUCUAAGAAACGUCAGAGAAAUUCGAAAGACUUAAUGGCCCCUCAGUAUUUUAGUUGUAAAGGAACUUAGGGAUUGGUGUUUUCAUUUUUGUCACUCUACACUAAUGCACCUUUUUUAUUCCAUUUUGUACCUUUGAUCCUUUUCCUUCUCUUGAAUGUUUCUUCAGAAAAUAUUCUAUACUGUUACAACAGAGAGUGCUUUUGUACUGUACCAGCAAUGACAACAACACUUUUCAGUUCCUGAUUGUUCAAAGGAGUAGGACCCAAGUCAGGCUUACGUCAGCCGGGGUUUUUUUAUGACUUAAAGGGUUUAGAUCAUCGGAACCGCAAGCAAUGAAAUGACAAGUAAAUGUUUAAAAUGACAUGUUGUAACCUUCAGAGAUUCGAAAGGAAAUGGUAAUUUAGUGAGAGGACAGAUAUUUUGCCAAAAUGUAAUCUUUUUUCCCCUGCAAAUAUUUCAUUGCAAACUAUUUUUUUUCUAAGCCAGUAAAUCCUACAAGCCUUGCCAGUCCAAGCUAGCCACGCACAGAGAACUGCAGUGCUAUUUUGUGCUGUUUCCAUCUGGGUAGUUAAAUCAGCCCAAUUUAACAACAACAAUAAUAACUAAAAAGACCACUUAUGGUGUUUCUUCUACUGCACGGGCACUAGAGAGUUAGUGAAAAUCUACACCAGGAAAUGAAAGAAAUGUUUUUUGGGUUUUUUCCCCCUUUACUUUUCCAUAAGAGUGCGUCUUUGGAGAUAUUUCAGUGCUUAAACUACAGACAGUAUCCAGUGGCUCAGUUUCUUCAAGAAAUAAACUAUCUCCCCUCCCUU